GUGAAUCCUCUGUUGUCUUCCACAUACUGCUCCUCGGGUUUUUUGUUUCCCCAUCCCGUUCUUCGCAUAUACAUACUAUAGAAAAUGGCAUCCUCCACCACGCCUCGACCAGUUGACGGAUUUUACUUUGAGAUGGAAUUCAUUUUCGAUCAGCACGAAGCCCAUGGAUUCAAGCCAACCAAGGCGUUGACGGACCUUAUGCGCCAGCACAACAUGAAAGGCGAUUAUUACGAUUGCAACAUGAUGGUUGCUUCGCACAAAAUGCACUUCAUUCUUUUCGGCCACCGCAGUCAGGAGAAAGUCGAAGCAUUCAAAAAGCCGCUGAAAGAACACCUGGAUAUGAGAGCUGCUGGUAAACAUCGGCUCGACGAAUUGCUCCCUUCGAAAGGCCACACUGAAAAAUAUAUGGAUUGGGACAAAGAUAAGGUUAACGACAUCUGCCGCUAUUCCGCGGAGCGCAUGAGAGAGAUCUCAGCGGAAUGCAAAAAAAUGGAAGAAGAGCCAGCCGGACCAAAUGGCCCACCGGUCUGGAUCGCCAGGGUGGAGGGAGGUGUUUCAGAGCGGGAACUAGAUUUUGAUUGGCGCACCGGAACAACGCCUCCUCUCCUGCCGAACAGUAGUCAGAACCGGCUCAAGGGAGAACUGUAUGAUCUUCAUAAAACAGAAUAGUGUAUGUUACAUGUUUCUGUUGGCUGUUUGGCGGCCUCUCAAGUCGUGAAUCAUUAAAG